GGGGUUCUAUUUGAUACCAAUUCGUCGUCAAGAAGCUUGAAGGAAGGGAGUGAUGGGAGUGUCAAAGGAACAGGUGGAGUCGGCACUUAGGUCAAAAUUGACUCCUUCUCAUAUCGAAGUUAUUGAUACAUCUGGAGGGUGUGGUGCAAGUUUCAAAGUUGAGAUAGUUUCAGAACAAUUUGAAGGGAAGAGGUUGUUGGAAAGGCAUCGGAUGGUGAAUGGAGCACUUGCGGAAGAGAUGAAAGACAUUCAUGCUCUUUCCAUCACCAAAGCUAUGACCCCUGACCAAUGGAAGAAGCUACAAGAAUCCGAAACUUCUCAACCUGCUGCAUAAAACAUCACUGUUUCCCUCUACCGCUUACUAAUAUGAAAAACCAUAAAUCAUAUCCUUCGGGAUCCAACUCCACCUGUAAUCUCUCUUGACUGCUUAACACCCGUUAUACGUCUUUCUUGGUGGUUUGAAUUUGGCAGAUUACGAUUGAUUUGCUUCUCUGCUAAACCCUUAUUUGGUAAUUGAACUCUUGGCUUGACCAUGGGUUCUUUGGUCUAA